GGGAGAUAUUCUAGUGGUUGGGGUAAAAUGGUACAGCGUGGAAUCAAAUGUGUUUGGUAUUUUAAUAUUCACAACUUGCCUUCUCCUCUUCUUAUGCGUUCCUCUUUCUGUGUUAGAGAGAGAAGAGAGGUUGAAGAAGAAAGCUUGAAGCUGAAGAAGAGUUUCUCUUUUCCCUCCGGCGACAACUUGCGGAGACAUUCGUGCUGGUAGUUCUACUACUCAGACGAGAUUCGUCGUCUCGUCUUAACGUCGCUGCUGCCUGUUUAUGGAACUUGACGAUUUGGAUCUCGGCGGUUCCUGGCCGUUGGAUCAGAUCACGUUUUCUUCGAAUUUCAGGUCUCCGGUCAUUUUCUCGUCCUCCGAACAGCCUUUCUCUCCUCUCUGGUCCUUCUCCGAAGCAGCCUCCGCCUCCGGAGAUGCUGGCGGCGAGCUCUGCUCCGCCGCAGGAGCUCCCACUCGUUUCACGGAUUAUUCCGUUUUACUUGCAAAUCUGCAACGAGGGUCGUCAAAAUGCACUGGCUGAGAUUUUGGAGAUACUGACCGUGGUGUGCGAGACCUACAAACUGCCUUUAGCUCAGACAUGGGUGCCUUGCAGGCACCGUAGCGUUUUAGCCUUUGGAGGCGGUUUUAAGAAAAGCUGUUCGAGCUUCGACGGUAGCUGUAUGGGGAGAGUCUGUAUGUCUACUAGUGAUUUAGCGGUUUACGUUGUGGACGCUCAUGUUUGGGGUUUCAGAGACGCUUGUGCUGAACACCAUCUGCAGAAGGGACAAGGCGUUGCUGGAAGGGCUUUUCUCUCUGGAAACCUCUGCUUCUCCAGAGAUGUUACUCGCUUCUGCAAAACCGACUACCCGUUAGUACACUAUGCGCGCAUGUUCAAGCUGACCAGCUGUUUCGCGGUUUGCUUGAAGAGCGCGUACACCGGAGACGACGAGUACGUUCUCGAGUUCUUUCUUCCCCCGGCCGUAACAGACAAGGGCGAGCAAGAUUGUCUGUUGGGUUCUCUGUUUCAGACGAUGAAGCAGCACUAUUCGAGUCUCAAGGUUGUCUCUGCAACCGAACUCUGUGAAAACGAGUUGUCUAUUGAGGUCGUGGAAGCGUCAGAGGACGGAAUGGUUUACUCAAAACUUGAACCAAUCCAAAUACAUCAUUCAGCACUAAUCAUCUCAAAGGAGUACCUUCAGCUCAAUGCACCUGAACAGAAGCUGAGCCUAAACCCUCUUGACCUUGCGGAGAACAACGAAGUUGCUGAUGAUGGGUUCGAGAGGCUCCAAACGCUUCAUCCUUCCCCGGAGGCCAAAACAGGAAAGAAAUCGGAAAGAAAGCGCGGGAAAACCGAGAAAACCAUCAGUCUAGAAGUGCUUCAGCAAUAUUUUGCGGGCAGUCUAAAAGAUGCAGCCAAGAGCCUCGGUGUUUGCCCAACCACAAUGAAACGCAUUUGCCGGCAACACGGGAUCUCGCGGUGGCCAUCUCGUAAAAUCAACAAGGUGAACCGAUCUCUCACGAGGCUUAAACAUGUUAUAGACUCGGUUCAAGGCGGUGAUGGAUCAAUCAAUUUAACGUCCCUCUCCUCUCGCCCUUGGCCUCACCAAGUCUCUCCACUCGAAAACCUUCCACAGCCACCAGCCACCAGAUCCCCGACAAGUUACCAUCUCCAAGAUAUCAAGCUCGAACACCGAGAUGCAGAAGACAGUGCAGGUUCAUCAACGUCUCGUGCUUCUUGCAAAGUGAGUCCUAUCUGCGAGACGCGUUUUCGGAUGCUAACACAAAGCCAAGAAGCAUUCAAACAAACGGGCUUGGACGAUUCAGACAGUACCUCUAAAAACAUAACUUGUUUUUGGAACACCCAAGACACACCUUCUCCAACAACACUCCACAACAAGCUCGUGAGUAUAAAGGCAACGUAUAGAAAAGACAUCAUCAGGUUCAAGAUCUCACCAGAGUCGGUAAGCAUUACAGAACUGAAGCAGCAAGUGGCUAAGAGGCUGAAACUCGAAACGACGGCGUUUGAGCUCAAGUAUCUAGACGACGACAAGGAAUGGGUCUCGGUCUCGUGCGAUGCUGACCUCAGCGAGUGUCUGGACACGUCAUCUGUUGCGACGGCAGCGAAAUCGAACACACUGAGGCUCUCGGUUCAUGAUGUGACUCCAAACUUUGGGAGCUCAUGCGAAAGCUCUGAGGAAACUAUGAUGUACUUGUGACAAUGCUUCACUGGUACAAUAACUUUCUUGUAUGGCUCUGAGAGUUUUGUUUAUGUUUUUUUGCUUGGAACAAUGGCUUUUUUUUUUUUUUCCUUAGAAGAGGAGUUUUAGUGUUAAUUUUUAAAGUUGUAUAAAAAGAACACUUCUCCACAUCAAUAGAUGUUGAUUGGAAUAAAUGAAAUAAACUUUAUUCCCC